UUAUUCUUUUUGCAUAUGCUAGUAAAAAAUUUAAAUCUAUUCAAACGAGUAUGCUUUAUUUCCACCUGUUUUAAGAAACAGUUAUGGCUUGUAUUCUGUAGCUUCAAUCGAAUGAUGUUUUAAAAUCAAUUUUUAAUUUAUCACAUAUUAUACCUUUGAAAGAUCACACAUUUUUUUCAUUUUACAUGAAGCAUUUGAGCAGAUCUCAAGAGCAGUUAAAAGGCUAAACAUUUAUGUGAAGGCUGACCAACAGCAGAGAUGCCAGAGCCCGCCUUUCAUACAAGAAAUGUUGAACCGAUUGGUUCGUUUAGAGAUUCUACUGAUGUAAAGAAGUUUCUUCCAGGAAAUCUAUAUGAAGCUCUUUACAGUGAUAUUUCAGACAAUUUGGAUAUUCACGAUUUGAUUAAAGUGGUUUCUAACAGUGCUUACCUUAACAAUGCAGCAUUUGGGCGUGCCUAUAGCGAUGUUUAUAAGCUGAGUAUGCUCCUUCGAGAGUUUUCCGAAACCAGUUCUGAUGUCUUUUACGAUCAAGUUUGUUUGCCCUUAGUUAAGCACAGUUAUGAAGUAGCAGAGGCGUUCUUUCGCACUGAAAACGUUCUUCUGGUCCAGAAUUGUACAUUUGGAAUGAAAUCCGUUGCUGAUUUGCUUAUCAAGGAAAAACAACAUGAAAGAAUUGCCUGUUUAGAUCCUUUGUAUGGUGCCACGAAAAAGCUGUUGUCUUUUUAUGAAGAAAAUGAUGACAUAACUAAUCUCAUUCCAGUUAGUCCCGGAGAGAAUCCAUUGUUCGAAGAAGACCCGAACAUUAUCCUCAGUACUUUAGAGGAAGCUUAUUCAGAAUGCGACUUUACGGUUCUGUUUUGUGAUGAAGUGUCAAGUCAAAGUGGUAGAGUUUUACCACUAAAGGCGAUCGCUAAAUUUUGUAAGACAAACAACAUCGUACUUGUUGUUGAUGGCACUCAGAGUUGCGAGUUAUUUUUUGGUGACAAUGUUGAUGUGUUGAAAGAAGUUGAUUAUUUUGUCAUGAGCACUCACAAAUGGAUAGGUAACGUUAAAACAUGUGGAGUUGUUUUAUACAAAACAGAAGCACCAUCCCCACCCGUUAUUUCAUUUGGUUGGGAACCAAGGAAUGCUAAAUUGGGUACAACAGAGAAGGUACGAUCCGCUUUUCUCUGGCAAGGCAUGAUGGAUUCAUACUUGUCAUACAUUACCCUAAGUAAAGCACUGAAAAUCUUCAAGAAGUAUGGUGAAAAACAGUUUCGUUACGCCUCGAAUCUCCUGCAGAAGAAUAUAUCUGGUUUCUUCUCCCCUUUGUUGCCUAAUACAAGAGACAGAGUGAUAAAUGUUGUAACAUUGGAAAAUGCUCAACUUGAACCGAUUCAAGGCAUCAAUAAGAUUCAAAACACACUUCAAGAUUACGGGGUCUUUGUAAGCGUUAAAGAAAUAUCACAAGAUUGCAGUACGAAAAAAUCGUUUGGUCAAAAAGGUCGAUCCUGUACUAGACCAUCUGGUCAAACAAUCUACUUGCGACUUUCUUGCUGGUCAUACAACGAUCAGGAAGAUUUCAACUCAUUGAAAAUGAUGACAAAUAACAAUUUGGAAUUAUCUAAAUGUAGUCGUGAAGCAGUUCGUCAUCAAUUUUUAUUCAUGUUUGACCUGUAUGAGAAACUCUUCUCCGUACUGGAGUUGGAAGCGUAUUUUAUUCGCGCUGAACCACUGAGACAUCACUUGAUCUUUUAUUAUGGUCACACUGCUGUGUUUUACAUCAACAAACUGCUCGUGAGUGGAAAUAUAUCGCGUUUUGAUCGAAUCGACAGCGAAAUGGAGUCAUCAUUCUCAGUUGGGGUUGAUGAAAUGUCGUGGGAUGACAUAUUGGAAGAUAAUUACGAAUGGACAGGUUUUAACAGAGCCGAAAAAAUAUUGUAUUUGGAAAAAGUGAAAAACUACCGGGAAAAGGUGAAAGAACUCGUGUUGGAACUGAUUGAUGCAAAUCCUAUUACGAGUCCUGUUGAGCCAGGUUCGCUUUACUGGAUACUGCUUAUGGGAAUGGAACAUGAGAAGAUUCAUAUGGAAACGAGUGCAGUGAUCAUUUCACAGGUGCCACUAAACUUGAUAAAGAACAAGCAUACCUUUAAUUAUCAAACAUAUUGGAAUAGUAAGAAAUCUAAUGCAGAGGCUCUUGGAAUGCCAGAUACUAAUAAAUUGGUGCCUAUUCCAAGCGGGACUGUUUUAUUGGGCAAGACAAACUUGGAGCAAGAUUUGUAUGGGUGGGACAAUGAGUAUGGUCACGAGGAAAAGCAUCUGGAGUCAUUUCAGGCCAGUCAAAUGUUAGUUUCAAAUGCAGAGUAUUUGCAGUUUGUGGAAGCAGGUGGUUACACGGAAAAGAAAUGGUGGUCUCAAGAAGGCUGGAAAUUUGUGAAUGACAUGAAAGUUUCAGAGCCCCGAUUCUGGAGAAACAAGAAACGUUACAGAGCAAUGCUAGAGGAAAUACCAAUGCCAUGGAAUUUACCUGUUGAAGUGAACAACUUGGAAGCCCAGGCGUUCUGUAAAUGGAAAGGUGCACAGCUCGGAAAGAAAUUACGACUCAUAUCUCACGAUGAAUCGUUUCAUAUGCGUCAAAUUGUGCAAAAUGAAUCUAGUAAUACUAAUUUAAACAAAUAUGCCUCGCCAACGCCUGUGAACAUGUACGGAGGCGAAAUCGAUGGUGUUAAGGUUUAUGACGUUUCAGGGAACGUCUGGCGUCACAGUGUUUCCAUCUUGACCGUGUUAAAAGGAUUUCGAAUUGAUCCUUUCUACAAUGAUUUUACAUUGCCAACGAUUGAUGGUUUUCACAAUCAUAUUCUUGGCGGGUCGUGGAUUUCGAUGGGAAAUUGCGCCAAUGUGAACGCUCGGUAUGGUUUUAGAAGACAUUUCUACCAAUACGCUGGCAUUCGUUACGUCUGCAGCGAGAACACUUACCAUGAAAGAGUACUAAAUAUGUUUGACCAAAACGAGCUGACCAUGAAGAUCAGUGAACAUUAUUCCGACUUCACUGAGAAACUUUUAGUGGAGAAGCAGCCAAUAGAGAACUGGCCGAAACUUCUAGGUCAAACUUCUGUGCAACUGAUAAACGAACAUGUGAAAAAUGUUGAUAAGAAGCAGUCUAAGCUGUUGGUUUCCUUUGGAGGGCCUGGUAGAAGUACCCUUGAAAUAUUACGUGGUUGUCAAAACCUGUUCAUCGACCACACAGAUAAUUCAGCGAAUGAUUUACAAGUCCUCAAAAGUCUUUUGGAUGACACGAGAAUCCAAUGGUAUCAACAAUUAGAAGGGUUCAUUGUUAAACCUAUGGAAUAUCAUUUAACAGAAACUUCCGAGAGUCUUCUGGCGGAGAAAAACAACACGGUCAACUAUAUGCAGGCUGACUACAACAACAUGAGGUCUCAACUUGAUAACUAUGACGUCAUUGUUGCUGAUUUUAGACACAAAGAUGGUGGCGCGGAGCUGCUGCAACUAAUAAAUCGAUUAAGACGAGGAGGUUUACUUAUAUUGGGUAGCAUAGAUGAUUUGUUGAGUGAAGAUUCGUGUAAGAAUAAGAACCACUCGAUGUCGGUGCUGAAGACCCAUUGCAGUCCUUUUAUGAAAAACAAUGUGACGGAAUACGCGCAUGUUUAUUACGAAACGCGAAACAAACACCAGUAUUUUAUAUCUCAACUUUCUGUUUGGGUGAAGAAGUUGGAUCAAGACAAUGAAGUGUCCCUUCAAGUUGAAUCGAAGAAGGUAGCUGUGGACGAAGAAUUCACCACAGAAAAGUAUUAUGAAGAUGGAGACAUCUUAGCUUCCUAUAAGAGGUUUCAUUUCGGACCAGGCCUGCUUUCAGUAGAGAAUUUCCCACUUCAGAUGGCUAAAGUUUGUGUGGAUGCGUGUAGAAAACAUCAAAUCAAUUUUAAUACGGCGCUUGAUGCUGGGUGUGGUCCAGGAAGAACGGCAAUAGAGUUAUGCCAACAUUUCAAGCAGGUAAUGGCGUAUGAUUACUCCCAAGGCUUUGUCGAUUUGAUGCAGAAAAGCAAAGCGGAUAAAAAACUGGCAAAUUUAUCAGCUCGGCAGGGUGACAGUCACAAACAAGUUGAAAUGUAUGCAGAUCAAAAGUUUGACUUGAUUGUGGGGUGCAAUCUUAUCGAUCGACUUCAUAGUCCGAAGGAUUGGGUACUUCAGAGUAAGGCGAUGUUAUCUUCAAAAGGAUUAUUGGUCAUUGCUUCACCUUACACAUGGAAGAGCGAACAUACAAAUGUUGAGAAUUGGAUAGGCGGAUUUAAAAAGGAUGGGGAAGAUUUUUAUACAAUAGAAGGCCUUCGCGAUUUACUGUUGCCAGAUUUAGUGUUACUUGAAGAAACCAAAGUUCCAUUUGUUAUCCCAGAUGCAGACGGGACCUUCCAGUAUACUUACAGUAACUGCGCCAUCUUUGGAAGACGUUAGACCAUGUACUUUUCGCGCGUUAAUUUUGUAUAUAGGCUUAAAAAACAUGAUUUACAAAAUGGCAGACAUUUCUUAAUGUGGUUAGAUUUUAAUUAGAUUUUAAUGAUGAAUUUAAAUUUAAUCUAUUUUUUUUUUAGAAAUUUAUGUAACGCAUGUUUUAUUUUCUGAGUAGACGAAUUUUUUUGUACAUAAAUAUAGACAAAAUCAUAUUGCGAGCAAAUUUUUUUUGCUAUUGCGAAUGUAUGCGGCAUCGACUUUUUGUAUUAAAUAAUUUGUGAUUUACCCGGGUCACAUAACUUAACGUUGGAACAUCGAGACCGUCAAGUAAGCGCUAGUGGCUUUGAAUUCAGGAUGAGGAUGUCUAUUUGCUUAUCUUCAGUGUUUUUUAGUCAAAUUUUUAUAUCGUGCACAUUUUUUAACAAGAUAAGAUUACAAUUUUAUUUUGUUAUGGUGUUAUUUCAAACGUGAUUUCGAAAGACAGGAUGUAGAUCUUCAGUGAAUUUUUUAGAAUUAUUUAGCUGUUUCAAAAAUUUAUAGGCUUCAUUUAUUUAUAACCUUUGGUAUAAAUACCAGAAUAGAUGGAUUCGUAACCCCAAA